GGGCUAAUAAUUGUCCUUAUCCUUUCAUUGUCAUUGGCACGAUGUUUUCAUUCAUUAUGUAGGCUGCAUUUCUCAACUUGGAACGGUUGACUAUCACCCACUCAAAAAACUUGGAGACGAUAUGGCAGAGCAAAGUACAUGCAGAUUCCUUUUCUAAACUAAAAUCUUUAACAGUUGAAAACUGUGAAAAGUUAUUGACUAUUUUUCCUUCUACUGAGGCUGCAUUUCUCAACUUGGAACGAUUGACUAUCACCCACUCAAAAAACUUGAAGAUGAUAUGGCAGAGCAAAGUACAUGCAAAUUCCUUUUUCAAAUUGAAAUCAUUAACUGUUGAAAACUGUGAAAAGUUAUUGACUGUUUUCCCUUCUACUGAGACAGCAUUUCUCAACUUGGAAGAGUUGACUAUCACCCACUUGAAAAACUUGGAGAUGAUAUGGCAGAGCAAAGUACAUGCAGAUUCCUUUUCCAAACUGAAAUCAUUAACAGUUGAAAACUGUGAAAAGUUAUUGACUGUUUUUCCUUCUACUGAGGCUGCAUUUCUCAACUUGGAAGAGUUGACUAUCGCCCACUUAAAAAACUUGGAGAUGAUAUAGCAGAGCAAAGUACAUGCAGAUUCCUUUUCCAAACUGAAGUCGUUAACAGUUGAAAAUUGUGAAAAGUUAUUGACUGUUUUUCCUUCUACUGAGGUUGCAUUUUUCAACUUGGAAUGGUUGACUAUCACCCACUCGAAAAACUUGGAGAUGAUAUGGCAGAGCAAAGUACAUGCAGAUUCCCUUUCCAAACUAAAAUCAUUAAGAGCUGCAUUUCACAACUUGGAAGGGUUGACUAUCACCUACUCGAAAAACUUGGAGAUGAUAUGGCAGAGCAAAGUACUUGAAGUUUCCUUUUCCAAAUUGAAAUUAGUAAUAGUUGAAAACUGUGAAAAGUUAUUGACUGUUUUUCCUUCUACUGAGGUAAUACGUUCCUGGUUUCACUUUUGUUUUGGUUUUAAUUUUAGGGGUUAAUAAUUGUCUGUAUCCUUUCAUUGUCAUUGGCACGAUGCUUUCAUUCAUUAUGUAGGUUGCAUUUCUCAACUUGGAAGGGUUGACUAUCACCCACUCAAAAAACUUGGAGAAGAUAUGGCAGAGCAAAGUACUUGCAGAUUCCUUUUCCAAACUGAAAUCAUUACUAGUUGAAAACUAUGAAAAAUUAUUGAUUGUUUUUGCUUCUACUGAGGUAAUACGUUCCUGGUUUCACUUUUGUUUUGGUUUUAAUUUUAGGGGCUAAUAAUUGUCCGUAUCCUUUCAUUGUCAUUGGCACGAUGCUUUCAUUCAUUAUGUAGGCUGCAUUUCUCUGCUUGGAACGGUUGACUAUCACCCACUCAAAAAAGUUGGAGAUGAUAUGGCAGAGCAAAGUACAUGCAGAUUCCUUUUCCAAACUAAGAUCUUUAAGAGUUGAAAAUUGUGAAAAGUUAUUGAGUAUUUUUCUUUCUACUGAGGUAAUAUGUUUCUCAUUUCAGUUUCGUUUUGGUUUUAAUUUUAAGGGUUAAUAAUUGUCCUUAUACUUUCAUUGUCAUUGGCAUGAUGCUUUCAUUCAUUAUGUAGGUUGCAUUUCUAAACUUGGAAUGGUUGACUAUCACCCACUCAAAAAACUUGAAGAUGAUAUGGCAGAGUAAAGUACAUGCAAAUUCGUUUUUCAAACUGAAAUCAUUAACCGUUGAAAACUGUGAAAAGUUAUUGACUGUUUUCCCUUCUACUGAGGUAACGUGUUCCUUAUUUCACUUUCGUUUUGGUUUUAAUUUUAGGGGCUAAUAAUUAUCCUUAUCCUUU